GCUGGUGAGCGGCAGCCACAUAAAGGAACAGAGGAAGUGUGAAUCCGAGAAGUGAACGACUCACAGGAGAAAACAGACAAGGACUUGAGUGCUGGCUGUUGUUUGUGUGAAGUACUUGUCAACGAGGUUGAAGCAGGGGCAGGAAAAAAUGUCAUUUUCUGGAGUUUGCCACAAAAUUUAAGAGGAACUUCUCAGAGUGCUGAUUUGUGGUGACUUUAUUGGAUUACAGACAGACUGGACUGUGGAUCACGAGAAGAGAGGAGAGAAAACAAAACAAAACAAAAAAAACAACGUAAAGCCUUUACCAGACCAUGGACUGUCUUUAACAGGUCAAAAAUAUAAACUUCAGACCUGGAAAUGGGCCCAGUCGGCUGGUGGUUGUGUUUGUGGACCUUGGAGAUUCUCGCUGCUCCGUGUUGGGGCAUCAGUCUGGACAAGCUCACAAUCAAUGUGAUCCUGCUGAACGAUGAGGAGUCUCCCUGGAGCCUGAAGUUUGUGGAAAAAGAAAUAGCGAAGGCCGUAGAGAAAGUGUCCACCAUGAAUGAUGGUGUGAAAUUUAAUUAUACGAACAAUGGGUUCAACACCACCUUCUAUCGCUUUGAUGGCUGCCAGAGUACCACAUGUGAAGGAGUGGAUAAGCUAAAAGCCCUGAUUAAAUCACGCAAACUGGGAUGUGCUGUGCUCGGGCCCACCUGCACCUACGCCUCUUUCCAAAUGGUCGAUGCAGAAAAAGGUCUGAAGCUUAGUACACCCAUCAUCACGGCAGGAAGUUUUAGCCUCACCUGCGACUACACACUCAACCUGCAGCGCCUCCUGCCACCGGCACGCAAGAUCUCGGACUUCUUCAUUCACUUCUGGAGAGACAUCAACAAGAUAAAACCUAAGUGGGAAACAGCCUAUAUUUACAAGAAACCAACCAACACUGAAGACUGCUUCUGGUAUAUAAAUGCACUUGAUGCAGACUCAAGCAAGUUUGCCCUAAACAUUACCAAAAAGGUGCUGCGCAAACCGCAAGAUCUGAAAGAAACACUCACAUCACCCAACAGGACAAGCAACUUGUUCAUCAUGUGUGGCUCACCAAUGGACUUAAUGGAGGUGAAAAAUGGCUCCAAAGAGGCAGACAGCAGUGAUGUUCUCUUCGUCCUUAUUGAUCUUUUCAAUGAUAAAUACUACAUCAACAUGACGUCACUGCCGUCCAUGAAGAACGUGUUGGUGGUGACGAUGCCCAACACCAGAAACUACACCAUCAACUCAGACCUUAAAGACGUCAACAACACAAUGAAUGACUUCAUGGCCGCAUAUCAUGAUGCAGUGCUGCUAAUAAGCAAGGUGAUGAGGCUGAUUGCUCAAAAACCUCAGACGGAGAUACAACAGAUGGAGUUUGUCAAUGUGAAUUACUUCAGGAACACCUCCUUUGAUGGAAUUGCUGGUUACUACAAGCUGGACCAGCAUGGAGACAGAGAUGUGAACCUCUCAGUCAUUUACACCACUACUGACAACAAGUACGAUAUUUUAUUUUCAUUCAACACCGAGUACAACCGGACCACAGUGGUUAAGACAGACCCGUCCUUCAUCUGGGGAAAAAGACUUCCCGUGUCUACACCAGGUGGAGGUGCAGCGACUCAUGACAUCAUUGUCAUCGUGUUGGCGGUCACGGUGGUUGUGGUGGCGACCAUCGCCUUCAUUUUCUACAGACAGAACAGGAGAGACCGUCUGCUCAGGCAGCGCUGGUCGCACAUCGCCUCUGAUCUCAUCACACUGCUGGAGGACAAUGAACUCAAUGUCGUCUCUCUGAAGAUUGAAGAUGAGAGGAAAAACAAGGAUUUUAAGAUCCGCCGUGCAUGCUACGAUAAGAAGAUUGUAAUUCUAAAGGAGCUGAAGCACGGGAACUUCGAUGAAACCCAGAAAAUAGAGCUUAAUGCGCUACUGCAAAUCGACUAUUACAACCUCACAAAGUUUUAUGGCACGGUGAAGUUUGAUCAGGGCGUGUUCGGAGUGUUUGAAUACGGAGAGAGGGGAUCACUCAGGUAUGUCCUGAAUGACAAGAUUUCAUACCCAGAGGAGACCUUCAUGGACUGGGAGUUCAAGAUCUCCGUCAUGUAUGAUAUCGCCAAGGGCAUGUCCUACCUCCAUGCCAGCGACAUCCAGGUGCACGGUCGCCUCAAGUCCACCAACUGUGUGGUGGACAAUCGCAUGGUGGUGAAGAUCACAGACUUUGGCUGCAACAGUUUUCUUAGCCCUGGCACAGACUUGUGGACAGCUCCGGAGCAUCUGAGGAAACACGGCACGUCUCAGAAAGGAGACGUCUACAGCUUUGCCAUCAUCUCUCAGGAGAUUGUUCUCAGAAAGUGCACCUUCUACACCAAGUGCUGCUCCAACCGAGCAGUAAAGCUGUCCAGGGUCAUUAUGUCCUACUUUAGACCUGAUUUAAAUUUGGAGAUGGCUUCAGAGAAAGAAGUAGAGGUUUAUAUGUUGAUAAAAAGCUGUUGGGAUGAGGACCCAGAAAAAAGACCUGACUUUAAAAAGAUAGAAAACUGUCUGGGGAAAAUCAUCAGUAAAAUCCAUAACCAGGACAAUGAGAGCUACAUGGAUAAUAUGCUCAGACGGCUGCAGAUGUACUCCAGAAACCUGGAGCACCUGGUGGAGGAGAGAACGGCUCUUUACAAAGCUGAGAGGGACAGGGCCGACUGCCUUAACUUCAUGCUGCUUCCUGGCCCGGUGGUGAAGAGCCUAAAGGAGACCGGUGUGGUGGAGCCAGAGCUCUACGAGGAGGUGACAAUAUAUUUCAGCGACAUAGUCGGUUUCACAACUCUGUGCCAGUACAGCACACCAAUGGAAGUUGUGGACAUGCUCAACGACAUCUACAAGGGUUUUGACAGCAUCGUUGACCAUCAUGAUGUUUACAAGGUGGAGACGAUAGGAGAUGCCUACAUGGUGGCCUCCGGGCUGCCGAAGAGAAAUGGGAACAGGCACGCGGUGGAUAUCUGCUGCAUGGCACUGGACAUCUUGGCAUUCAUGGGGACCUUCCAGCUACGACACCUGCCCGGCAUCCCUGUGUGGAUACGCAUCGGCGUGCACUCAGGUCCCUGUGCAGCAGGUGUCGUGGGGAUGAAGAUGCCCAGAUAUUGUUUAUUUGGAGACACGGUCAACACAGCAUCUCGUAUGGAGUCUACAGGACAUCCCCUGCGGAUCCACGUCAGUCAGCCUACUAUAAAUAUCCUGCAGAGAACGGACUGUAAGUUUGAGUAUGAGGUCAGAGGAGAAACAUAUCUGAAGGGUAAAGGCACAGUGAUGACAUACUGGUUAACAGGUGAAACCGGAAAAGACUAUAACCUCCCAACUCCACCCACGACAGAGAACUUCCAGCGUCUCCAGCAGGACCUUGCCAACACGAUCCUGACGUGUCUGGAACGCCGCUCUCGAGGGUCUGUCCGGAGGAAGAAGCCGCCCCCGUACCAGGGGAAGGAGGACGGCAAGGAUCAAGAAUUAGAGGUGGAGUCAGAGAGCGAGCAUCCUGAGUACCUGCACCUGGCCACCGUUGAUAACACCCUCAGCACCUUCCUGUAGCACAAACCUGACCAGGUGUUGACACAGAAUUUAGAAAGAGCAGGAAAGACACCAGGAAGGACUGUUGUACUGUACACAGCAUAUUUUACCAACAUAUAUGUAUAGAAAAAUGUACAAAACAAGUGGUUUGUGAAAGUCCCACUAAGGAUAUAUUUUUCAUUAGGUCCUCACAUUGUAGCAGACAAACUUUCUCAUUAGAACUUCCUGCAUUUUGUGCUAACAGAGAAUCAUGCAGGAAUGCAACCUAUUUGUUGUCGAUUCAGAUUUGUCUUAACAUUCUUGAAAUGUUCUUGCGUGUUUCUAUUAUUUGCAGAGAGGUUCUGCCAAAAAGGAUCUUGGGUAAGAUGUUGCAUUUCUGUUCAGUGCUCAGUAUGACUUUCACAUCUUUGGAAGGGAAAGCUGGGUGUGUCUUUGUUAAGGACAAUAGAGGACAUACACUCACCAGCCACUUUAUUCAGUACACUUUGCAAGUUGGACUCCCCUUGGCCUUCAGAGCUGCCUCAAUUCUUUGUGGCAUGGAUUCAACAAGGUGCUGGAAACAUUCUUUAGAGAUUCUGGUCCAUAUUGACACGAUAGCAUCAUCCUACCGUCUGAAUGUUGCAGCAGGAAUCUCAGACUCACUUAAAUCCCCUUUCUUCCCCAUUCUGAUGCUUGGUUUGAACGUCAGCAGGUUGUGUUGCCCAAGUAUACAUGCCUAAAUGCUUCGGAACUCUGCAUGCAUUUAUGUUUUAAUGAUAUAGCUGAAGAUGACUGGUUCAGAGAGGAAACUACUGCACUUGCUGUCCUCAGAUGUUGGCUUUGUUAUUCUAUAGAAAGCUAAUCACGGUCAGGUCAUCGUCAUAAUGUCUGCUUACAAAAAAAUGAGAUUAUCAUAUCUGUAUUUUAAACCAAAGGAUAAAUUUUAUUUUUUUGUUGAGAAUGGUGACAUUCAUUUACAUUGAGAAUUUUUUUUACCUUCCAUCACAUUAUUGAACAUGUUGUAUGUUGUUCAGGUCCUGAUGAAAUACAGCUGAAUUAAAUCACAGAGCGUCUCUUGGAGCCUUUACAGGUUUAACUGAGGCCUUACAUUUCAUGUGUCACAUUGUUUUAUGUAUACAGACAUGACAGCAUAUGGACAGCAGAAAACAGAAACUCCAGCAUCAGAUAAAGAUGUGUUUUUUUUCUUUCUGACUGUUUUUUUUUUUUUGCACAGAAUAAUAAAAGGACUGCUACUGUAUGUAGACUUGUACAUGUCAAAUACCAUAUGAAAACACACUCUAUUGUACAGCAGAAACCUUCCAACAAAUAGAAUACAAAUGAAUAAAUUCAAAGGUAUCUGGAUAUGCAAAUUGAGGUUUAUAAAACUAACCUAAUGGUGAUGGGAAAGCUCUUAACUCUAUUCUUGGGGUAAAAUCCCUUCAACAGCAUUGAUGUGAACUUAGACCAAAAACUAUGAACAUAUUUUUAUAUAAUAUUUGUAGAUCAUCAAGUCAGUGAAACCUAAAAGCUAGUUUUCAAGUAGAAAAAAGCAAAAGUCACCCAAAGAUGACAUCAACCCCCCCCCCCCCCAACCA